AAGCACUUUUAAAAUCCGGAUUCGCUCGCUUUGGGGAAGCACGAAAAAUGAAGGGGCUGAACGGCAGCCGUACAGGAAUGGGCUGCAAGCGGCGGCAUAGGUCCAGGAUCACAAUCUGAGCUCUUUAUUGGACUGAAAGUUUUGAAGGAGAUGAAAUAAAAUGCAGCACACGACGUGUACAGAGGACAGGAUCCACCAUGCAUUGGAGAGGUGCCUUCAUGGCCUUAGCAAAAGGACAUUUUCUGCAAGUACAUGGACAGCUGGGCUUUGUCUGAACUGCUGGACCCUCCAGGAGCUAGUUAGUCGCGAUGCAGGGAACUACCUCAUUCUCCUGGAAAAAAUCCUACAGAAGACUCAAGAGGUCCAAGAAAAAUGUGACUACAAUCUCUUUACUCCAUUGGCCUUUCUCUUCAGUGCAACUGUCCUGUGUAUCCCCCAUUUUCCUUCGGAUUCUGAUCUGCUUUUGAGAGCUGUGAGGAUGUACCGUGAUUUUCUCACCUGGCCUGUGCCAUACUGCAAUAUCUGUCAGGAAUUACUUAACUUUAUCAACAAUGAACUCAAAGCCCCAGGGAUUGCUUUUCAAAGGCUUGUUAAAGCUGAGCAAGGAUUACCUCAAAAAGACUGUGAGAAUUCUACCGUAACAGUCCUAUUGCUGAAUCCUUCAGAAGUUGAUGAGGAAUUCCUAUCAGUUGCUGAAAAGCUAAGCUCUGCAGACUACUCCCAGCAUACAUUACUAGUGACACUCCUGGAGCACACAUACCAAGCUAACUUUGGGACCAGAUGCAACCUGGCAAAAUUACGUCAAAUCCUGAAGCUGAAAACUGCAGAAGAACUCAUGAAAAUGUUCACCAGAACCACAGAAGCCCAGGAGAUGGCAGUUCUGACUAACAAUGAUCCUUCAACUGCUAGAGAACAGCUGGAAUCUGCCUUGCUAGAGAUUGCAAGAACAGCAGGGCUACCUGAAAUAGCAGAUGAAGGCCAGCUGUCUAAACUCCGUGUGAUCCCCAUCCCUGUUGCUCGCUGUCGUGUGUACAGAUGGGAUAAGGAUAAUUUUGAUAUCUUGAAUGAGGUACUAGACAAAGAAAUGGAUUAUUCAAAACAAGUUCUUUUGGAGGAUGAAGAGGAGGAGGAGGAGGUUGACAAUUGCUUUGCCAAAAAAGACUGCCUGUUGUCCACCUUUGCCUCAGUCAGGAAAGACUCUAUGUACUCAACAUUGUCAGAAGAUGACCCAUGUGACUCACAAGUGUCUGUCAUCUCUGCUCUUUCCAAAAACUCUGAGCUCUCCUUGGUCUCUAAGAAGUCCUUGAAAUCUUUUGUCUCCAGUCUGAAAGAUUCUAUGGAUAGUGGCUAUGUGGAAGACAGUGAUGACAACUCUUUAGAUUUGACAGGACGCUUAGAUCUGAAGGAAGUAAAAGUGUCACACAGGCAUCGGCUGAGCAACAGGCUAUACAAGUUGUUCAAGAGCAAGAGCCAAAUGAUCUUGGGCAGAGAUCUGAGAGAUGUUUCUGAGGUAGCCUCACUGUCGUUGCCAUUACGCCGAGCAGAGAGUCUCUGCAAUCCUGUAGCCAAGGAGCGUAUCCCUGCACGAUCCCGACGGGCACAGUCACUGCCACAGCAUGUGCUGAGUGCCACACUUUUACAAUGCCAUAUAGCACAGAACACUUUUGUCCAACGCAGGCCCUUGUUGAGUUGCGAUGAAGAUACAAAGAUUUCAACACUGCGAGUAGUCGUGUUUGGUUCUGAUCGCAUCUCAGGGAAAGUGGCCCGGGCUUAUAGUAGUCUGAAAUCUCAAGAAAGCAGCUGUCCCUGUUUAACUCGGUACUGUAGAUUGCAAUUUUUUUAUGUCCCUGUGAAGAGGAGCAAUCCUACCUCAUUUGCACUGACUUACCCUCUUCUUUCAUCAGGAUGUCCUAAUUCCCAUAGCUCUGGAUCAACGGAUCCAGGUAUGGGAGGGAUGGAGAGCAGCACAAAUGAUAUCUCAUUCUAUAUAGGUAUGCUGGAUCCCUGGUACGAACGCAAUGUUCUUGAGCUAAUGAAUCUCCCCACCAACGUUUUAUGCCAGCAAUCCAUUAAGCCUGAGGGAGAGUCUUCAGAGGAAACAGCCACCCAACUUCCCAUCCUGGCUGAUAUGAUUCUUUAUUACUGCCGCUUUGCUACCCACUCUAUAUUACUCCAGGUCUAUCAGGCAGAGCUCACUUUCAUUGGGGGAGAGAGAAAAACUGAGAUCUUCAUCCACUCCCUUGAGUUGGGCCACUCAGCAGCUACACGGGCCAUCAAAGCCUCAGGUCCAGGUUGCAAGCGUCUUGGCAUAGAUGGAGACAGAGAAGCAAUCCCACUAACACUACAGAUCACCUACAACAAGAGGGCAGUCAGUGGAAGGAGCCGCUGGAAUGACAUUGAAAAAGUUUGUACAUCCAUCAACCUUAGCAAGGGGUGUAAGAGACAAGAGGAACUUGGUCCCAAAACAGAAUGUUUGACUCUUACUGCCACCGAGGUAAUCAAGAGGCAAAGCUCUAAGUCUAAAAAGAGUUUCAAUCAGCAAAUUGGUAUAUAUCAGUUGAAAGUGGACAAAGUUCAGAUCACCGGAGUUAACUGUUCCUUUGCUGUAUGCCUAGAUCAAGAUGAACGGAAAAUUCUGCAGAGCGUUACCAGAUGCGAAAUCUCUGCAUGCUACAAACCCAAGACCAAUGAGCCCUGCACCAGGGGAAAUCCCACUUCAUUACUUCCUCCCCAAGAUUCCUCUGAUUUCUGCUCUCUUCUGUGUUUGCCAAUUACUACUUUUAGUGGAGCACUUCCCUAAGAAUACAGAAAGAAUGGACUGGGUAACUUGACUCAAAUGCUGACUGAAAUUGCUGCCAAACUGGGACCAGCUACCAAAAAUUGGCCAAAAAAAGAAAAUCCUCCUUGCAGUCCUAGAAGGAAGCAUCCCAAGCUUAGCAAGUGAAUAUGAAGUGAAAAGCCAUAUCUUAAGAGGUGGAAUAUUACUUCUUUGACUGUUGUUGAGUGUUGCUGAAAUACUGUAUUUGUGGCACCUGGAAUAAAAGUCAAAAAAGCACAUCUGAAAUGCAGGGAAAGGAUAAGAAGACUGGCCAAUCUAUCUGAAAUUUCUUCACAUGAGAUGAAGAAAUUGCAGUCUUUUCCUUUCCUUUUUCACAGGGCAUCCAAGGAUAUAUCUAUGAUGGGAACAGGUACUUGACCUACGAGCCAGUUUAAACCAGCCAAGACAAUGGUUGAAGAAGUUCAGAGACAAGUUGGUAGACUUUGUUGCCAUUCACAAAUUGCUUUGGCAUCUUUGAAUUCUAUUAUUUGAGCUGCCUCCUGGAGAUAUGGGCAAGGAGAACAAGGGAGCAGAAAAGAAAAGGCUGUUUCAUUUGAUUAUAUAUUUCUUUCUGUGCCAAUGAUAUAUCUGCAAGCAUUGAAUGAAAUGAAAGAGCAAAUUUGACAAGGGAAAACAUUGAGCAAAAUAAGCUAGUAGGCUAGCAUGAUUUCAUGACAUAUGGAAUGCUUUCCCAUUUCAAAGGGUCUGGAAAAGAUAUUAUUGUUUAUUUAUUGACAAGUAUCCCAAUUCUUCGGAAACAUUGCUAGAAAAAUAUGUUUUAAAUAUCUUCUAUGUGGAGCUGGGCAGUUUUGGCGAUUGGGGGCUUUGUCUAACUGAGAGACACAAGAUUUAUACCUAAUGAAUACUUGCAUUGGCAUGAAUUGUCCCUAGCAGCCCCAGCACUUUACCGAGUGAAAAAUAUAAACCUCAAAAAGAUUCAACAUCCUUAGAUUUGCAGCGGAAAGAUGUAACUUGAGCCAGGACUGUUCUAAACCCAAUGUUUCUGAAAUGUUUCUACCUGUUUUUAGAAUCCUUGAUCAAAUCCAAUAUACUGUAAUAUCUUUGACCAACUCCAAACUUAGCAACUCCAUUGAGUUUUGUCUAAAACCCAACACUGUCAAAAGGUCUUAGGGUUGGAAGGUCAUAGUUAUUUAAAUGGUCAUAACCAUCACUAAUGUGCAAUCUAUGGUACUGUAUUCUUGGGCAGGGGAAUGUGUCUGCGUAUCGGAAUAUUCAGGGUAUACUUCUAGAGCAACGGUUGUCAAUUGGUGCAUGCAGGAUUUCUUGAAAUGAUACCCAAAGACAACCUAACAGAAAACCACUAUGACAACUAUAUUUUUCUAUCCAGUCAAAAAAAAAAGACUUUAUUGAGUUUAUAGAACAACUAACCAUAAGCUUGGAGUCUAUUGGAGUUAGAUUGCCUAUAAAUUAUAAAUAAAAAACAAACAAACAUGCAACUAAGAAAUGUAAGAAUAAUUGAGAUCCCUUUUUAUCAUCUGCUUAUUUAGAGUAAAUAAUUUUAAAAUUUAUCAGCAAUAAGAUGCACUAUACAUUUCCUUGGCCUGAGGAAGGAAACCACACCCACUUUUUCAAAGAGGUGAAGCUUAAUAUAAAAGACAUUUGGAAUGGUGUUCAGAAAGAAAAAGUAAAACUGAAGAAUUGUAAAGAACAUUUUAAAAGCUCAUCUACUUUUUCUACUGCAGUGACUUAGUUUAAAAUACACAGUGUCUGGUUAGUAUGAACAUUACUUCUGAAAACAUUUCCUCCAAGAAUAAAGAAAAUCUGAAAAAUCAUAUUCAUUUAAGCACAAUUCCUAGAAUGAGAUGCAAUGCAAUUUCUUCAAAACAUCAAUAUCAGCUUCAGCUGUAAGGAAAUACAUUGGUGAAAAAUUGGGAAGGGAAAUUAUAAUUUCAAUUUCUCUUCUGGAUAGCAAUCAAUAGAUAGCACACAAACUACUGAAUGCCAUAAUGUGCUGAUUUAACAGCUUGGUGGUUUGUAUGGCUUUUUAAUCUUUUAGUUUUGUUCCUUGAGUAAUAUUCCUCUGGUUCAUUUUUUAAAAUCUUAUUUUCCCAGGACCAUCUCAGUGCACCUGACAUAAAUAGCCAGUUAAACAGUCAGCAAUCUGCCAAAUAGCACACAGCACUUUGGUUUUCGGCAACUGCAAAGGAAUUAAAUAUUUCUUUAACCAAUGCAAAACGGUUCAAUUAAAAUCAAGUACGUGUAUGUGUGCAGAGCUUUUUCUUAAUAAAGAUAAGAAUUGCCCUAUGGAAUGAAUCUGUACAUAAAUAUUCUGUAAAUUUUUGUGAUCUUGUUUUAUAAAAAAUAUAUUUUAAUUAUGGCUGUAAAAUUAUUUGUCUAAUAAAGGACAUUUUCCUAA